GAAAAGGAAAAGGAACAAGUAAAUGCUCAUUCGUAUAGUAUUCUUAUACAUAUGCGGCAGUGGCCAAUAUCUACAAUGACUUGGCGACUUUGAAUGCAGAUGUUUGUUACAAAGUUUUUCGGCACUGAAUGAGGCCAGUGUGAUUUCUAGCACAAGAUAAUCUUGUUUCGAUGUAUUCCUACAAAACAGUCUAAGUGGGAUUCGGCUAGUACUGUAUCUCCAUGAGUAUGCUAGUAUGUUCGCACUCAAUGACUACUAGAUAUGUGCAGGAGUUAGAUUAUUAGCUACUCCUAUUACUAUAUAAAUAAGUUUGCUGGCUUGCGCUAAUCAGCUAAUUUAUUGUUUUUGAGACACUCAUCAUAAAUGUAUCUGUCGUUCACAUUUUUAGAUGCUUGCUAAAAUAACUCGAUCAUGACGCAUCUUUCAACCCAAGCAGUUACUAUAUUUGUGACUAUAUCUAAUUCUGUAAACCUUCAUGAACUACUGAAGGAACAAGCAAUGAUCGAAUAACACGUGAAAUACCGAUCUCAUGUUUGCUCAUCAUUAAUGAAUCGUGACGUACCUUUUAUCUCAAGUAGGAACUAUAUUUGUUCAUGAUUCAUUCAUAAUUUGUACUUCAGUAGUAACUGAGUUAUUACUAAGUAUUUGUGCCCCGUCGAGUAAAGUGUUACCCUAUCCAGAGUAGCAUUGCCAUACAUCUCUUUCUCUAAUGCAUGGGUAAACUAAAUAAUCAGUUGUAUUUAACGACCCUUGUACUUUUUCAAUAACUGCAAAAUGAAUCCCGAAAAACUUAUUCGUCCUCAAUAAAUGAAGUAUAGUAGUUAUUUUAACGAUGGUUUUUGGAUCACAUUUAUUUAACCCCUAACACAUAGGAACACUGUUCACUGUUGCACAUCGGACCGCUAUGCGGGUCGGACCGUAAAUAAAGCCGCUGUCCGUGAGCGUGCUCGCCGCUUUUGUCUAGGGCUGUUUCAACCAUUAGUUGUAUGUGUUUUCUGAGCCUUUACACUAAACAUGCGGAUGCGACGCGCUAAAAGAAGCUGCUCGGUUCCGCUGGGUUAACCAUCCUGCCGGUGUUGAGGGCAUUUUUCGUUCUCCUCGGGGUUAGUGAUCACACUAAACCUCACAAUGUGUUCCUGGGAAAACUACGAAACUAGCGGCCCUGUUUUCAUCCGGGAAAACGGUGAGCUCCGCUGUCUGAAUGACAGUUCACUGGCACUCGGGUCGCUUAGGCACUGCAGGGUACCGCCGUCCAGGCCCUUCCCAAGGGGCUUCUCCGUGCGGCUCCGGGGGGACGGCGGAUCCCAGGCUCCGGUCAGCAUCUGCAGGAGAAAGGAGCAUUUCGUCUUCACGUACACGAAAGAGGGCAACCUUCGGUACACGGCCAAGUCCCUCUUUAAAAUGGCACUGCUCUUCGUUGCCGAAAAUGUGCAGCACAUCGACUCUCUCGUCGGUUUUCCCGAGCAAAUAGCGGAGCAGCUCUUCAUAGCUGCAGAGGAGAAGCAGAAGUUCGCCGAUGCUGAGUCGGGAACCCGUGCUCUGCGCCUCUUCAGCGAAGCCUACGGGGAUCUGGUGCUUAAAUCGCUCUGUCUCAGGAAAAGACACCUCCUAGUGUCAGAAAAGCUGGAGGAGAUCAAAAUGUUUCACAAUCUUAAGAGUUUAGACCUUUACGGUUGUAAACUUGGGGAUAACCAUGAGAUUCUUCCACACUUGACUUCGGAGGCUUUGUCCAGUCUCACCUGGCUGUCUCUGGGAGAUAAUAUCCUCUCUGAUUAUGGGCUGAGAAAGCUGACUGCACCUGUUAGAGUGAUGAAGAGAGGACUCGACUGUCUGAAGCUGCUCGAUUUGUCCUACAACCCUCUCAGUGAGCAGGCAGUUGGGUAUCUGACCUGCUUCUCAGCCCUACAAGGGCUGGACGUGUCAGGGACGGAAAUUCAGAUCAGUGAGCGCGUGAAGCAGACCUUCUGUGAUGGCAUGGGACUUGUGCUUUCUGAGGUCCCACUGACGGACCUGUGUCAUUCACGCUGUAAGACGCGGGGUUGGGCAGAGCAGGUGGUUAACCAGUGGGAGAUCUGCAGGGCUGAGUCGUCAAAGCUGAGAGCUUCCCUUCAAAGAGACAACGUGCUUCGCUUCUAUGGAAGAAAGAGGUUUGUCCAUGAAGCAGCUAAAGGAGCAUCUUCGGGUAAAGAGGAGGAGGAGGAGGAUGAUGAGAAAACCAGGAUUCAUUUCUGUAAAGCUGCUUCCAGCAGCCAAAAGACAGGGCAGACAUCAGGUGCAGACGGUCAGAAAGCUCCCCCGUCACAAAAAAAGAGGAAGCGGGAGGCCAGCUAUCCAGCCCCCCAUCCAGGCCCCCCGGCCAAGCAGAAAGCGGUCCCUCUGACUGUGGAGGACUGGGAUCUGCUGAACAGCUACUGAGCAGCUACUGAGCACUAUGGCCUGAGGCCCUGGCCCUUCCCACUGGAACCUUCCCCAUCCAGCCACCGCCAAAGCAGGAUCCAAUGAAAUGUCCCGAUUUUAGAACUGGAAUUAAUGCCAUCAUUCAACAAAGAAAUGUAUAUUUUUAAUGAAGUUAUUAAAUGUUUUUCUCUGUAUCA